CCUUUGCUAUCCAUCGCAAAUUUUCUUAAGUUUUAUUGUUUAUAGUGGCAGUAACGGACUAAACAGCAGAAGCCGUCUAAUUGCACGAUCGGUUGGCAGUUUGCACAGCGCUCCGGAUCGCAACGAUUCAUUCAGUAGCGGUAUUGCUUUAUGUCAAACUUAUACAUUUGGAGCAAGAACCGGGCGAAGUUUAGCGAAGACAAUCGAUAGCCUGAAGAAAGCUAGGUUGUAUAAUGAAGAGACACUAACAAAUAACUGUUUCUACAGCAAUUCGGAUCUUUCCCGUUUUGGCGUGGACGAAAGAGCCGAGUGUGUUUUUGGCACCGAAAACGACGCUGCUGAGCCUUCUUCGUCGUUAGCUUUUGCAACACGCAACCAAAAAGGCAAAGGCGCAGUGCAAAAGAGAGUUGAGCGAUAUCAACCGCGGAGUCGGAUAUCGCGCGAAACGACCAGUGGUGAAAGCGAUAGUAACAGCUCGGAAGUAAACGGCUCACCACUGCUGCGAGCGGGUGGAAUUCUUGGACAGCAACAGUUCACCACGCGCCGUUAUCUUUCAAGCGUUAACGGCUCCAACAGGAGCGUAUCUUGUAUUGAAACAAUGCCGCGUCCUGGAGUUCUUCAAACACGUCGUGUUUUCGAGCAACAGCAGCAACAACAGCUGCUGCAGCAGCAGCAACAGCGGCAUAGCUUAUCAAAUACUCCACGCCGAGUACCAAGUUAUUUAGCGCAAAAGCUCGCUAGGUUUGUAUUUCUGCUAGAUUUUCUGCUGCCGGCUUCUUGAGG